GAAUUGACCAAUCAGAUACCAGGACGCGCUGGAAACAGGAACAGUUCAUAUCGACAUGCACACACGAAUAUAAUUUCAUCUGCCGUCGGUCUUUAUCACACAUGCGCUAUACUGACUGUGUUUGCUUCAUCGUACGUCUGAGCCACGUUGUCUGGCGGAAUGAAGGGUUUGUAUUUGGUAGAGCCGGUGGUCGCUGUGUACGCGUUUGCCAGUUUUAUGGUGUAUCCUCUGGUGCAGCAGUAUGUUUACCGCCGUCUGUGGCAGCAGAUCACCAACACCUCUUACCCUGAACUCGGAACUUCAUCCCAGUGCGACACGAACAGCAGCAACCAUUCCAGCCAACAUGAAGAAGUGCAAAAAGCAACCUCGCUGUUCUCCAUGUACUCAGAACUUUUCUCCAUGAUCCCCAGUCUCCUGGUGACCCUUGUCCUGGUGACUUAUAGCGACCAGCGUGGACGUAAAGUCACCAUCAUUCUCCCUCUCAUAGGCUCUCUGGUCUACUGCACCUGCUUCCUAGUAGUGUCCAUCUUUGAGCUUAACCUCUACCUACUAGUUGCAGCAUCCAUACUCAGCUCCCUCUUCGGUGGUAUAGGCACGAUCCUGGGUGGCUGCUUCUCCUACGUGGCCGACUUGUUCGAGGAUGGAAAGCAGAAGAUGCUACGCAUGGCUGGGCUGGACAUGAUGCUCGGGCUUCUCUCUGGCGUAGCCUUGAUCUCCACAGGCUACUUUAUAAAUUCAGCGGGAUUUAACUGGCCCUUUUUCACCGCUGCCAUGUUUCAUCUGCUCAAUCUAGUUUAUGCAGUGUUUAUUCUGGAGGAAAGCAGGGUGAUUGACAGUGUGGCUUAUGGUGAAACUAACACUCAUACAUUAAAGAAGCUUACACUUGGGAUCUACAGCCUCUUUGUGCAGGGAAGCAGGAGGAGGAACUACCUGCUUGUACUCUUGAUUAUCAUCUUCUGCUCAUUCAGCUUUGUGAACUUUGGAGGCCUGAAUUUGUUCAUGCUUUACGAGCUGAACGAACCACUGUGCUGGAACGAGAUCCUCAUUGGCUAUGGCUCGGCUCUCUCCACAGCUGUGUUUGCUGUCAGCUUCGUCGGCGUGUAUGUGCUGUCACGCUGCCUCUCUGACACGACCAUCAUCUUCAUUGGGAUAUUGUCUGUUUUCAUAGGCUUCGUGAUGAUGACCUUCAUCAAGACCACACUUCUGAUGUUUCUUGUGAGGAUUCCUAUGCUCCUGGCUAUCAUGCCGUUUCCUGUCAUGCGUGCCAUGAUGUCAAAGGUGGUCUCAAAGACUGAGCAGGGUGCACUCUUUGCCUGUGUGACUGCCAUUGAUAAUCUAACAACUACCAUGGCAAAUGCAGCAUUCAACAGCAUCUAUGCUGCCACAGUAACCUGGUUCCCUGGUUUUGCCUUCCUCCUGGCUGGUGGAUUGUGCCUCAUUCCCAUUAUUCUGCUGGGCAUACUUCGAUUCUUUGGACUAGAAAAUACCAACGAAAGUGAGAGUCUCUUGCCAGAAGAGGAAACUCCAGAAACGGACUACACACCUGUAGUCUAAAAAAAAAAAAAAAAAGGGAAGAUGCUUCUCACCACUCUGUCUGCAACUGUGUGCCUUGGGGCAACUGUGUGUAUUUGGAGUUGUGAGCAGUGUAUUUUAAACCAAUUUUACUUUGGCACUUUAAAUAUUACAAAAGUAAUGCUUUAAGGAUUAUACGUGAAAAUGCUUAGGAAGGGUAUUUACAAAAAAAAAAAAAAAAAUGCUGAGAAGGGAAGAUAUAAAUAUGCUUAGUAAGGGUACUCAAGGUCAUGUUAUACUUUACAUUUCUGAGGAAAUGUAUUUUUAGUUCUUUGCAAACUAUGUUUGCAGAAGGAUUUAUUAGUGAAACAUGUAUUUAAAAUAAUUUCUGUAUGGGUUCUUUUUUUUCUUUUCAAAAAUACAAUAAGAUUUUCUUUAAAUUAAUAUUAAAUAUAUUAUAUUGUAGCAGCAUUCUACAAGAGAAUAAAAACAUUAGAAAUAAGCUGAUUAUCAUUAGAUUAUUAGAUUCCGCGUGUUAUGAACUGCCUUUAUAUGAUUGACAUUUUCAGUAAGGCGAUAUCAGAAGUAGGCCAUUCCAAUACAGUGCAAAGGUAUGGGAUUAAGUGUCCUGGUAUUGUCAAACCUUUCUACUUUUUCUUCUGUCUGAAAGGAAGAAGCUUUUAAGACUGCUUUGCUAAUGGACGUUUUAAUACUGUUUUUCUAAGACGUGAAGUUGAAGUAUUUCUCAUUCUGUUACAAGUCAUUUCAGGAUCUUUCGUCUUGAUUUCAACCUGCACGUUUCCGAUUUUACUACCUACAAUCUGGCUCUGUCGGUGUGUCUUGUUUUGUUUGGUUUUUCUCCCCCACAGAUGGCUUGGCUGUGUUUCAAUAGGUCAAAAAUAGACAUUAGAGCAGAGGUGUCAAACAUACAGGCCUGGGCCAGCACUAUAAAGAUGCUAUUCAAGCCCACCAAAUAAAUUUAGAAUUAAUAUUCUGUAUUAAAAUAAAAGAUUCAAUGUUAAAUUCUUUAAUAAAUUGAAUUGAAAGAUUUGAGAAAAAAGUGCUAGUCUCUGUUAUUCCACUAGGGGGCAAAAGAGGAAUAUACUCCGGACAAUAAACACAGCAAUGGAUCAAAUGUGCUAAUGAUCUGUAAUUCUGUAUUAGCUAAAAAGCUAGACAUGGUACCUAUGGCUCUGAAUACCUGGAUACUUAUGCAAUUACAACUUAAGUUUUUUUUAUUUGUAAACAAUUUUGCUAGCUAUAUUUUUUAUUUUAUUUUAUUUUAUUGUAUUUUGUGUAGAUUCAUGACAUGAGAUUCAAAUUAAGUCGAUAUCAAAGAGGGUAAAUACUUAUACAAGGAACUAUAUGUAUAUAUGGUAAAACCAAAAUUUGUAAUUUAAAAAAAAAUUAUUUUUUUUUGUAGGUGAAAUAGUUUUAGCGCAUUUUAAAGAUAGGUUUCAGGUAAAUGCUGAUAAGUGAACACGUUUAAGAGGAGUUGUUGAGGUGUUGUUGGUCCACUGAACUGAUUUUUGUGGUCUGGCUCACUGGACCCCUAGUGUUAAGUGGUCUGUUACUUAAAAUGAAUUUGACACCCCUGCAUUAAAUUGCAGUCAUUUUUAUCAUAAUAAAAAAAAAUUAUUCUUGUUAGUCUGAAGGUUGAAAUUGUCAACACUCAUUUACAGGUGCUGUUCUUUCAUUAUCCAGCUCAGAGAAUGUUUUUUUUUCCAGUGGUCUUCUGUUAAGCACAUAUUGCAUUGAUACUCUUCUAAUGGGCUUAUGUUACCUGCAUUUUACAAAUGGGCAAUUGAUAUGACAAAAACAUCAUAUCAUGAUACUCACUGUAGAAGACAUUUCUACAAUACACGAUAUGUAUCAUGAUUUAUAGGAAAACAACUGGAGACACAACGAUGUUAAUUACUUUAAAUUGAAAAGGGCCAAAAGAAUUCUAAUAAAUGUAAAGCAAAAAAUGUUUACCAUUUCAAAGGUUCAGUAUCAGCAUGUUUUAACAUCAAAUCUUCUGCUUCCGAUCAGAGUUUGUGUUUGCUAUUUUAAAUAUAGUAAAAGAUAAAAGAUUGUGAUAAAUUAGAUAUCUCAGAAAAGUGUACUCUGCCAUACGUUACCAUGAUAAUGAUUAUGUUGUCAUAUUGCCCAGUCUUAAUUUUACACACUGCAGUGUGACUGGGUAUCACCACUGUUAUGUGUUGUGUGUUUACAGUUGGUUUGUAAGUAAGGAAUUUCACUGUGAGAAAAGGUGGAUAAUGAUUUUUUUCCAGCCAUAUAUGAAUAAAGGGUGUUUGCCACUGACUGUCAAUUGUGCUUUAUUCAAAAUAUACUCUUUUCUUAAUGGCCACUAGAUGCCAGUGUGUGAGUAAACUAGCACAUCAUGAACCUUGUGGCCUGGUGAAGCAUCUUCACCACUGUUCCCUAAAAGACAUCUAUAAUUACUUGUUUUUAUUAAUGAUUUGUCUUUUUAAAAAAAAAAAAAAAAAAAAAAAAAACACAUUUCUCAACUGGUAGAUUGUGACCUGAAAAAUAAAAGUGGGUUAUGGGUGUGCCACAUUAAAAAGUUGAACUUUUAUAUUUGAAGCUUACAGAACUUGAUUUUGAAAUUCAACUGGCUUUUAUGGUUCACAACUUGCUGCAUAGAGCUGUCAUCAUUAGUCACUUGUUUGAACUUUUUUGAACAAAAAAUUGUAAUAGUGACGGAAAGAGGAAAACAACAAAA